AUGUCGUAUCACUAUCAAAUGAGUACUAACAACAAUGACUUCUUCGACUCCACCAACUAUAUUCCUCAGAUGCAAAUGCAUCACGGAUACCAAGACUUCUAUUCCACUGACGCCACGUCAUCUAUGAUGACGUCGGCUGCCACGUCACAGGUACCACAGCCAACGGAGAAUAGUGGGAUAAUGGCGGUACAGAAUUCUGGAGGAGGAGGAGGAGUAGGGACAGAGCAUGGAGGAUAUGGAGGAGUUGGUUGGAGGCAACAUGAUUGGAAUUCCACGUCAUCAUGGACAAUGGGAAAUCAGAUGGGAGAUCAUAUGGGAACUGGAACUGUUGGCAUCACUGGAACCCAGAUUUCUUCACAAAAUCAUGCCACAAGUCAUAUCAGAGCCACCGUACAACCUGUUGAGUACAAACCAAUGAUGACUGCGAGUCACGUCGUUGCUGACACAUUUCGAAGCACGCAACCAUGCUAUAUGAACCCUCCACCUACUAGAAUGCUAUCAGCAGUCAAAAAACCGCCUGCUACAGUACACCGACCGCUCGCCCGGUCGACACCCAAACCGUUUAGAUGUCAAACUUGUGGGAAGGCGUUCUCACAAGCGGCAAAUUUAACAGCACACAAGAGGAUUCAUACAGGUGAAAAACCAUUCAUGUGCCCAGUCUGCAACCGUCCAUUCUCCCAGAGCUCUUCUCUUGUCACCCAUCGGAGAACCCACACUGGCGAACGACCGUAUCCAUGUGCUCAAUGUGAGAAGGCGUUCACUGACAGCUCGACACUGACGAAACAUUUGAGAACACAUACUGGACACAAGCCGUAUGUUUGUUCGAUUUGUAUGAUGAAGUUCACGCAGAGUGGGAAUCUACACAGGCAUAUGAAGACUCAUAAAUAG